GCCGUAAAAAAAGGUCCAAAACGGCUGUUAAAACCCGCACUUUAGCCUAAAUGAACUCCAAAACUAUAGUUUACAAAGGUUAUAACCAAGAACGGCAGAUAACAGAGGGAAUUAAUCUUUUAUAAAGCUCUAAGAACUGUUUGAAACCACACGUGCGUGUCUCCUCUUGACCUUUUGAUUACUGGAAUGCUUGCAGUCCAGCAUGGCGUUGCUAUGGGGUUUCUAAGCACGUGACCUCUAGCUGAAAAAGGUCUAUUUAGCGAACCUGUUCGAUUUGUUGCUGCUUGGCCCCACGGUCAGUUGAAAGCUUAAAAAAUCAUCACGAUUUAACCUCUGACCGACUUGAGACUUGAACUACCAAGACGCUAUAGGAACUGUAAAUGUUGCAUGCUGUUUUGACUGGGAAUCAAAGAGAAGAAAUUAGAGGCGCUGAAACGUGUUAGUCAAACAAAAGUGAAAGUUCUUUACGACAGACUUUUCUCUCCCUCUUGUGGAAAUCUAACUGUUCUAAUCAUUUAAGUACAAGUUGUCCUUCAAAUGCACCCUUAAAUCGAGUCGAGAAUUAUGGCGGAAGAACAGCAUGUACAACUAGAUAAUUCUCUUCUAUCAGAAGAGGAUAGGUCACUAGACAUAAGCGACGGAGUUGCCGUUAACCUUAUUCGCACCCCACAUAGAGUGGAUUUCUCAUGUCGAGCGUGGAUAGUUUGUUGCUCUUCUGCUGUUUGUGUGGCAUUAGCCACUGGGGUCACCUUCAGUUACGGGGUUCUAUUGCCGGUUUUUAUGGACUACUUUAAAGAGAACAGCGAAAAGACAGCAUGGGUCGGCUCCUUAGCUAUAUGCUCCACCUUCCUGUUUGGCUCUGUAGCCGGAAUGAUUGUGCAGAAGUUUGGUUGCCGAUUGACCUGUGUUAUUGGUGGCCUGUCCUGCGCUAUUGGGCUAGGUGUGAGCUCACUUGUAGACAAAAUGGACUAUUUGUUUGGCUCUUAUAGCCUACUGUUUGGCUUUGGCUGUAGCUGUCUCUUCAACUCUUCCUUUGUUGUGGUAACAAGAUACUUUGACAGAUAUUUGUCGCUGGCUACUGGGUUAGUCACUGCUGGGCAAAGUGCUGGUAUUUUUAUGUUUGGUCCGGCACUCCAAGCCCUUAUAGAUGCCUAUGGCUGGCGUGUCACCCUUCGUGUUAUUGCAGGUAUAAUGUCUCUGACUUGCAUAUUAGCUUUGUCAUACAGCGACAACCAGUCAGCAAGCCCUAGAGAGGAUAGCAACACCAGUCACUACAUUCCAAGCUUAGAUGUUCCACUACACAAGAAUGUUGUGUUCGUGUGGAUUACCGCAGGAAGUGCUGUUUGCAUGUUUGGAGAGUACAUACCACAAAUACAUAUUAUAAGCUACUGCCUGUCUCUGAAUAUACCAGCUAACACUGCCUCCAAGGUUUACUUGCUGUUCGGUCUAGGGUCUUCACUUUCCCGUGUUGGUACUGGGCUCAUCUGCAGCAUCAAACAGGUCAACCCCAGGUGGCUAUUCCAAGCAACUGAAUACCUCCUUGGUGUUAGCGUUAUCCUUAGUUCACUGGCAGAGAAGUUUCCUCACAUUGCUGCAUUCUUUUUUUUCUAUGGAUUCUUUGAGGGGAUCUAUAUCACUACACUGAACAUUCACUUGUUAAACUGCACAGUAUCCAAACAGAAGCCACUUGCAUUUGGGGUGUCAAUCACUAUUAAUGCGCUAUUCACAGCUUCAGGCCCUCCGAUUGCAGGUCUGAUCAUCGAUAAAUUGGGUAGCUUCGCACCUGCGUUUUAUAUGUCUGGGGCUGCCAUUAUCUUGGGAGCCACCAUCCCAUUCAUGAUACCUCUGCUCCAAAAGAGACGACCACACCCAGCUGUCACAUUGAACGCCCGUACAGCAGACAAGGACUCUACAGUUGACACCCAUUUAUAAGAAUGGGGGGAUGCCUUUUGAUAAAUCAGGAUGUUUAGGUUCUUAAUUGGUUCUCAUGUUUUUCAUGUACACCCAACAAUAAGAGCCACUAGUCAGAAUGUUUGCUGACUUCAUAGUUAAUAGAAGGAAACUCCCCCAUUAACUAUGCUGACUUUAACAAUGCUGAAAUGCUGAGCACAACAUAAAACCAUGUUGUAUUUAACUACAGAAUGCGAAGCACAAAACAUUAAAAAUAUAUUUUCUUUCCUGUUAUCAACCAUAAA